AUGGAGCGUGCGGCAACUCAAAGCCAGAGCAUCUACUCCAACGCCAACACCAACAGCAGCAACGUCAACACCUACGGUAACACCGUCUCCUCGUACCUGUCCAACAACAGCCCGAACGCAGUCAUGUACGGCGGUGGCAACAGCGGCAACGGUGGUGCACCUUCGUCCACCUCGGUCGCCACGGUGUACGCCUCUCCCACGCAAGCUUCGCCGAGCCAGGCAAUCCGCCAGCAGGCGCAGGGAGCCGCGCAGCAGAAUAUGAGCCAGUCGCAAACGAGCACCUCCUUCAACGCCUACGGCGGUGGUGCGGCCAGCGGCUCCGGCAGUGGUUUCUUUUACUCCACUCCGUCGGCGCAGGCGCCGGGGGCGCAGACCAUGUACUCUGCCAACCCCUCCGCCGCGGCAAUGUUCCCAAUGCGUGGUGGAUCCACCUCCAUGACGCCGGCGCAGCCCACCCCAACCCAAAUGCUGACACCUCAGGCCAACGCGGCCGCUGCCGCGGCAGCGGUGUGGACCAACGCUGCGGCAAACAUCAACGCUGGCAGCAAGCUUUUCGUUGGCCAGGUGCCUGCAGUGUGCACUGAGGACCAGCUCCGCCCUCUGUUUGCGCAGUUCGGCACUCUGUUGGAGAUCAAGAUCAUGCGGGAGCCGAACGGUCGCAGUAAGGGUAGCGCGUGGGUGCGCUACGAGCUGGAGGAGUCUGCCCAGCGUGCCAUCACCGCCCUCAACGAGAAGCACGUUGUGCCGCCACAAACUAACCCGCUGCGUGUUCAGUUUGCCGCACCCAGCACCAACCGCAUCCCGCAGCCCCUCUCGGCCCUUGGCUCCAUCAUGCCGCCUUCUGCAGUCAUGCAGCCGCAGCCGCAGCCAAACUACGCGACCGCAGCGACUUAUGCCACCCCGCAGGGCUACGCCGGCACCACCACAGCGUACAUGCAGGGACAGUACGCGACCUCGCCCAACCUGAUGGCUGUUCGCGCCUCUCCACAGCAGCAGGCAGCGGUGCAGUCUGCGUCUGGCAAGAUCGAAUACCUGCGCAGCAACCACCCUGGCAGCCUUAUCUACUCCACCGCCUCCCCGACCGCUGUUGAUGCGAUGCAGCAGCAGCAGCAGCAGCAGUCGCCACAGCAGCAGCAAGUGGUGUACACAACCGGUGGCCAGAUGCGCGCUGGUGUCAUGUACACCCCGGAUGCAUUUGCCAUGACGAACCAGAUGGCUGCUGCGCCGCAGCAGCCGCAUCAGUGGUGCAGCUAA